AUGAUGGCGAUGCGCGAGGUGUGCCGAAAGUGCUCACUUCAAAUUCAACCAUCUGAUGUGAAGUCACCGUUGGCUGAGAACCCCUCUGUGCCGGGCGAGCGUGCGGAGGAGGGGGGCGUGUUCUCGGAAGCGCCCGAGUUGCUGGCGCUGCUCUGCGACGCUGGCCUGGCCGCACUGGCGGAACACAUCCUGUUGGAGUUCAAGGCCACCAUACGAGACUACAAGAGGCUCAAGUGGCACGCGAUGCCGAUGGUGGAGGAGAUGGCGCUGACCGUGUCGGGCGCGCUGUGCGGCCCGCUGUCCGCUCUGUGCGCGCGCAUCUCCGCGGCGACGGCGCGCCUGGCGCCCGCGCUGGCGGCCAGAGUGCGCGCACACGUGGCCACCGACCUCGACCACUACAUGCUCCAGGAGAUGGUGCUGGAGACUUGGUUCAACACGGGCGGCACUCUUCAGUUCACGCACGACGUCAAGCGGAACCUCGUUCCGGCCUUCACGCCGCCCAAUAAGAGCGCAUCGAAAAAGAACCUCUUUCCAAAACUCGCGGAGGCGUGCAACCUGCUGAACAUGGACUACGAGGACGCGCGACGUUUGCACCAGCUGCUCUCUAAGGAGGCCUCCCUGGGGCCCGACAGCCUCGCCACGAUGGGCGUCAGCCACAUCCAGCCGAGCGAGGUUCUCAGGAUCCUGAGCCAGAGGACGGACCUCGGCGACUCCUCGACCCCCUCCUCCGUGAUGGAGCUGUUC